AUGGUGACCGGCUGUGACCGGGGACGACCACCGGACCUCGACUGCGUCUUUCACAACAAAGUCCCGAACAUCAGAACCACGAGACUCAUUCAAAACUCUUCACAACGAAUCAGAACCAGGAAGACGGAGCUGCGUCAAGCGCGACACCACCGAGCCACACGGGACGGAAGUGGAUGUUUUCAUGUUCAUCACGACGCUGUAGUUCUCCUCUCGGCCUGCGAGCGGCGGCAGAGCGCUACGGGUCCGUCACUCCACCGGAAACCGCAGAAGAAGAGAAAGCAGCUUCCGUCGCGUGCGGACGAGCAGCGGAUGAAACCUUCGCCGUUUUCUUCUGACGCGAACAUGGACGACGAGCACACGGCUGGCUUCAGGGAGCCCUGCUCUCUGUGCUCGGCGGUCGAUUGGGGAAUUUCAGACGAGGGUCGUUUCUACUGCAAAUCCUGCCACAACGUCAUCGAGAGAACCAGAGAGGUGGUGGACCCCACCGUCAUCCCCGGCUCGUCCAGGAUCUCCAGCAUCAGCAGAGGAAGACGACGGAGACGAGAGUCUCUCCGUCAGUGGAUGAUCUGCGAGGCGUUCCAGUUCAUCCUGAGGAACCAGGCCAACGCUCUGCUGCGCCUGGGAGUCUCCGCCCACUUCAAGGACCAGGUGUUGUGUCCUCUGUGGAGACGUUACCUGCAGAGCAGUCGACAGGCGUACACCAGCCGCCCGGUGAGGAGCGCCACCUUUAAAGUGCACCGUCCGGACUUGGCCUCGGACAGUGUGGCCGAGACGUCGGCCAGCGAGACGGACGUGUCCAGCAUCGGCGGGUCUGUCGCAGACAGCGGCAGCGACUGGUCGAGGUGCUCGGGCUCACUGGACGGUGCCUCGUACCUGACGGCGCCGCUGAGGAAGACUCGUCUGAUGAGCAUGACGAAGACGCUGGCUCUGGUCCACGUGGCUCUGGUCUGGAGCCGCGAGCCGCUGACGCUCAGCGACCUGCUCAGGUUGGUGAGCGAAGGCCUGGUCCCGUACACGAACGCCUACGAGGAACUUCCCGAGGAGAUGAAGCUAGAAGGCCAAGACGUCGUCAUCUUCAAAGUUGAGAGCGUCCCGGCCCAUCAGGCCUUGCACCGCGAGGCUCAGACUCUGGUUCAGCAGCUGCAGCUUCAGGCUUUUCCUCCAAUCAGCCGACAGAGUCUGUUGCACCCGGCGCUGCUCAGCCUGCGCUACCUGACGGACGCCAACCUGCCCGACGAGCUCCACCCGUGGCUCUGCAGGCUGAUGGACUGUGCCGGUUUGGUGGAUGAAACGCUCCACACGUUCGACCCCGUCUCUUGUCCCGAGCUGCCGCUGUACGACGUCCAGGCCGCCGCCCUCAUCGUCAUUACCAUGAAGCUCAUCUUCGGCAUGGACGACCACACAGAGUGGGAUUUAUCCAACGAGGCCGGUGUCCUUGACGACGCAGAAAACGUGUUUCACCUGCGGAGGUGGUUCAGACUGACGCAGGCUGCUCUGACCAGAGCUCAGCAGACGAGACGCCGACACAUCGCCAGGAAACAGUGGAAGGUGAAGAAACCGCUCUGCCGCAGCAGGAAGGUGAAAAGUGUUGUGAUGAAAGGGAAAAGUAAGAGUCUGAGGAGCCGAGCUGGGAUCAGUCCAACUGUGACAUCACAGUUGAGUGUGAGCAGCGGUGAUGUUUGUGUCUCUGCAGGGACGGCGGAGCAGGUCCAGAUGUGUUUCGAGAAGCUGUCCUGUCGCCCGGCCGGCGUCCAGCACUGCGAUGUGUCCAGCUUCAGGUUCUGUUGGGGGGACAAGGACGGAGCAGACGGUCCCAGUCUGCACCACCAGAGGCUGGACGGCGCCUUGACGCUGAAACACAACGUCCUGACUCCCUCCAACUCCACGUACUGGCACCCGGUGCUGCGACGCUGCGACCCCCAGAAGUGCGGGAGUCAUUACUCGGAGGUGGAGGCGACGCUGCCUCGGUCGUUCGUCUGGCUGCUGCAGCUCUUCUGCUUCCUGCUGGACGUGGAGCCGGCGCACCUGUACGAGGAGGUGCUGAAGCUGGAGCGCCGAGUCCUCACCGGCAGAACCGCCCGGAGCAAACGCCCGAGGAGGACGGAGAGGACGAGGGAGUCGACCACGAAGACCGGGACCAGGUCUGACACCAGAAAGCCACAGGGUCGACAAGAAACCAGAGGAACGAGAUGAGAAGCGUCCAGGUAACUUCAGAAUACAAGUCACCAGCAGUUGGUUGAAGCUCAGGGGGACGAGAGGGACGCUCCGAAAUCCAAGAACUGAGAGUGGACUGCUGCACCUGAACACACCUGAUCUGAUUCAGUGAAUGAAACUGGAGCAUCUGAAUAUUAUGACGAGACGCUGAAUUAAGAAGAGUCUGAUAAUCAAUAGAUCAACUUUUUUUAAAAAUUUAAUCUCAGACGUCGAGAGCGACUGAACGAUGACGUUUUUUCUGUCGUCUGAUGUGAAGAUGUGAGAGAACAAAGAUGAAGAAAAGUUGAUCUGCUGAUGAAUUCUGAACUUUUCAUAUUUGUCAUCACGACUGAAGAGAGAGACGCAGUGACAGACUCUGACCAGCAGGAGGAGACAGAGAAGAGCUGCUGUACAGAGUGAACCUGAAAACAACACACACACACACACACACACACACACACACACACACACACACACACACACACACACACACACACACACACACACACACAUAAAGACACGUGCACGUCUGAAAGUUACAGACACAAACUCAUGACUGCAAAAACAUUUUGCCUCCUGCAUCUGAAAACAUGAGUUAUCUUUUCUUCAUAUUCUUCUGCCUCAUUUGCAUAUUCAACAUAUUUUGUACAACAGAAAUGUUUUUGUGAUGAAAUAAAUAAAUUCUUCACCGCA